CCUGAGUCACAUGUGCACACUGUGGGGUAUUCUCAUCAUGGCCCCAUAGAGUAGAGAGGGGCAGUUUCUCAAAAGAAUCAAGGUACUGUUACUAUAAGAAGGGGAGGAACACAAACAAGAGCUGUUUCCUAUAGUCAGGCUUCUCACUUAUGAAACAGGGACAAUCAUUUCUCAUCCCAUGGGUGAUUUUUAUAGGUUAAAUGCUAUAUGCAUGUGAAAGUACUUAUAAACCACCGUGCACAGCACACUGGUCAUUGCAUUAGUUUUUCCGUCCAGUCUUCCUUGUGGAAAAGAUUGGGGCAAUAGAGCUCGUGUUUCGUUUGUUUUCUAAUUUCCAGUCUACUUUUCAACAGAACAAUUUCCAAGGAAAAAUGAACUCCACACUGGGUCUGGGCCUGCUUCUAGCUGGCCUACUGGCCGUGAAAGGUUUUCCACAGCACCACCUCUCUCCAAAUAGUCAUGUGGCUGUGAACCAGGCCCAAGCAUGGAAGGGAAGGCGGGCAGCCCAAGAGCUUGCAAGGCGGAACACAGACUUUGGCUUCCAGCUCUUCAAGAAGCUGGCCGCUAAGAGCCCUGGGAGAAACAUCUUCUUCUCCCCCUUGAGCAUCUCCACAGCCUUCUCCAUGCUGAGCUUAGGUGCCCAGGGUUCUACUCUGGAUGAGAUCAAGCAGGCCUUCAACUUCUUUGAACUGCCAGACAAGGAUCGUCACGAGGGCUUCCAUUACCUCAUCCAGAGACUGAACCAGGGGGACCAGGAUAUCAAGCUGAACCUCAGUAAUGUGCUGUUCAUAGAAGAGAGGCUGCAGAUACAGCGGAAGUUUCUGGCAAAUGUCAAGAACCUAUACAAUGCGGACCCUGUUCCCACUGACUUCCGGAACUUAGAAGCUGCUCAGAAGCAGAUCAAUGACUAUGUGAGUCGGAAAACUCAUGGGAAUGUAAACAACCUGAUCAAGAAUAUAGAUCCCGGCACUGUGAUGCUUCUUGUAAAUUCUAUUUUCUUUCUAGGCAGGUGGCAACAUGAGUUUGAUCCAAAAGUAACCAAAGAAGAAGACUUUAUGCUAGACGGAAACAAGCCCUUGAAAGUGCCCAUGAUGUUCCGAGGGGGCAUGUACAAGGUUGGCCAUGAUGACCAGCACUCCUGCACUGUCCUGGAAAUGCCUUACAAGGGAAACAUCACCGCCAUCUUCAUCCUUCCCGACAAGGACAAACUGGAGAGAGUGGAGGAGGCCAUGGUGGCCGAUGUAUUGGACAGUUGGAAAAAAAUAGUCACGCGAAGGGUUGUAGACGUGUCCGUGCCCAGGUUCUCCAUCACUGGUACCUACAACCUGAAGGAUAUCCUCUCCCACCUGGGUAUCAGCAAAAUCUUUGAGGAGAACGGUGACCUCACCAGGAUCUCCCCUCACCGCAGCCUGAAGGUGGGCGAGGUGUUCCACAAGGCCAAGCUGAAGAUGGACGAGAAGGGCACAGAGGCCGCGGCGGGCACUGCGGCAGAGACCCUACCCAUGGAGAAGCCAGUAGAGGUCAAGUUAAACAGAACCUUUCUGAUGAUCAUCCAAGAGGAGAACACAGAUUCCAUGCUCUUUCUGGCGAAGAUUGCCAACCCUAACGGGACAUAGGGAAACGUUCC